AUGCCCCCUUUUAUGUCCUCGUGGAAGGGUGACUUCGCAGAGUUGAGCGUGCAUCCCGGGGGGGUCCGUCUCACUCACGAAAUUAAACACAAGAAUAUUGUAACUUUUCAUGAAUGGUAUGAAACCAGCAAUCAUCUCUGGCUAGUAGUGGAACUCUGCACAGGUGGUUCUUUAGAAACGGUUAUUGCUCAAGAUAAAAACCUCCCAGAAGAUGUUGUGAGAGAAUUUGGAAUUGACCUGCUUACUGGACUACAUCAUCUUCAUCAGCUUGGCAUUCUCUUUUGUGACAUAUCCCCUGGGAAGAUACUCUUGGAAGGGCCCGGCACACUGAAGUUUAGUAAUUUUUGCCUGGCAAAAGUGGAAGGUGAAAAUUUGGAAGAGUUCUUUGCUUUGGUGGCAGCAGACGAAGGAGGAGGAGAUAGUGGGGAAAACGUACUGAAGAAAAACAUGGAAAGUAGAGUCAAAGGAUCGCUUAUAUACACAGCACCAGAAAUUGUGAGGGGUACUGACUUCUCCGUCGCCAGUGACCUCUGGUCUUUGGGCUGUCUGCUUUAUGAGAUGUUUUCAGGAAAACCUCCAUUCUUCUCAGAGAGUGUUUCAGAAUUAAUGGACAAGAUUUUUUAUGAAGAUCCUUUUCCACCUAUUCCAAAAGAUUCUUCUCUUCCUAAAGCUUCUUCAGAUCUUAUUAAUUUGCUUGAUGGUUUACUUCAAAAAGAUCCUCAGAAAAGAUUAACCUGGGCAGGCCUACUGCAGCAUUCAUUUUGGAAGGAUGCGUUCACUAGGAAAGACCAGGCCUCAAGCACUGAGGAGUCCAGUGUCAGCAGAAACAUGAUGGAGUGUUCUGGGUCACAAGAUUCCAAGCAGCUUUUGGAGAGUCCUCAGAGUGGACAAGCAAAAGGGGAGAGGAGUGGUCAGCGGCUAAGUCACUCUUUCAGACUAGAAAAUCCAACUGAAUUGCGGCCAAAGAAUACUCUUGGGGGUCACCUGAAUGAGUCCAUGUUUCUUCUCAGUUCUCGUCCGACUCCAAGAACCAGCACUGCAGUGAGAUUAAGUCCUGGUGAGGAUAUGACUCAAGAUUCACCACAGAAGGCUGCUUCUCUUUUGAACCAGAGUACAAGCAGACACCUGAGUCAGCAGGACCUGGAGUCCCGGAUGAGAGAGCUUAUCUACACAGACUCAGAUCUUGUUGUCACCCCCAUUAUUGACAAUCCGAAGGUGCGGAAAGAUAUCUGUUCAGGUCCUUGCUUUCAGUUCUUCUGGGUGUACACCGAGGCGUGGAAUUGCUGGAUCAUACGACGGGCUAAGGUCGCUCGCGUGAUUGGUUUACUGGCUUCGCACACAGCUGAACUCCAAGAAAAUACACCUGUUAUUGAGGCAAUUACUCUCUUAACUGAGUUAAUUAGGGAAAACUUCAGGAACAGCAAAUUAAAACAGUGCCUUCUACCAACCCUCGGGGAGCUGAUCUGUCUCGUAGCUACCCAGGAAGAAAAAAAAAAGAGCCCCAGAGACUGCUGGGCCGUUCCCUCGGCUACGUACACAGUGCUAAUGAGGUGCCUUCGGGAAGGGGAGGAACGUGUUGUGAAUCACAUGGCAGCAAAGAUUAUUGAAAAUGUCUGCACUACCUUUUCUGCUCAGGCCCAGGGCUUUAUUACAGGAGAAAUUGGACCUGUUUUAUGGUACCUGUUCAAACACUCCACUGCUGAUUCUCUCAGGAUCACAGCGAUAUCGGCCUUGUGCAGAAUCACUCGCCAUUCUCCUACCGCCUUCCAGAACGUCAUUGAGAAGGUGGGACUGAACUCGGUGAUGAGCUCGCUGGCAUCUGCCAUCUGCAAAGUGCAGCAGUCCAUGCUGACCUUAUUCACCGCUCUGUUGUCCCGUGGGAUUCACCUCCAGAGACUGAUCCAAGAGAAGGAUUUUGUCUCUACAAUUAUCCGUUUACUUGACAGCCCCUCAACUUCCAUUAGAGCAAAAGCCUUCCUGGUUCUUCUGUAUAUUUUGAUUCAUAACCACGAGAUGCUGCUGCUCAGCUGUCAGUCAAGACUGGUGAUGUACAUCGAGAGAGACAGCAGGAACACCACUCCAGGCAAGGAGCCGCAAAGCAGCCAUGAGUACCUGUCCAGAUGCCUGGACCUCCUCAUCCGUCACAUCGUGCAGGAACUGCCGCGAAUCCUGGGUGACAUUCUCAAUGCCUUGGCUAACGUGUCUGGCCGUAAACAUCCAUCAACAGUUCAAGCGAAGCAGCUGAAGAUGUGUCUCCCACUGAUGUCCAUAGUGCUUCACCUCGUAACUUCUCAGGUAUUUCGACCUCAGGUUGUAACAGAAGAGUUCCUUUUCAGCUAUGGAACUAUACUUAGUCAUAUUAAAUCGGUAGACUCAGGAGAAACUAACAUAGAUGGAGCUAUAGGACUGACGGCAUCGGAAGAAUUUAUCAAGGUCACGUUGUCGGCUUUUGAAGCAAUAAUACAGUAUCCUGUUUUAUUGAAAGACUAUUGUUCUACGGUUGUUGAUUAUAUCCUGCCACCCUUGGUCUCCUUGGUUCAAAGCCAAAAUGUGGAGUGGAGACUCUUCAGCUUGCGGUUGCUCUCAGAAACCACAUCUCUGCUCGUGAACCAGGAGGUUGGGGAUGGCAGGAAGGAGGCGAAGGUCGAUUCUGACAGCAAUCUUUUGGCGCUCAUCAGAGAUGUCUUACUUCCCCAAUAUGAGCACAUCCUCACAGAGCCUGACCCAGUACCAGCAUAUGCUCUGAAACUGUUGGUCGCGAUGACUGAACACAACCCAACUUUCACCAGACUCGUGGAAGAAAGCAAACUGAUCCCACUCAUUUUUGAAGUAAUUCCGGAGCAUCAGGAGAACAUCCUGGGUAACACCAUGCAAAGCGUGAUUGCACUGCUCAGCAAUCUGGUUGCCUGCAAAGAUGCGAAUAUGAAGCUACUUUAUGAACAGGGACUGGUCCGUCAUGUUUGUAACCUCUUCACCGAAACUGUCACACUGUGCUUGGACGUGGACGAUAAAAACAACAACGAGACGGCCGCUGCGCUGCUCUUCUCCCUGCUCGACAUUUUGCACAGCAUGCUGGCCUACACCUCCGGCAUCGUCCGGCUGGCGCUGCAGGCACAGAAGUCUGGCUCAGGAGGGGACACUCAGGCCGCGGAGGACCUGCUGCUGCUCAGCAAACCUCUGACAGACCUCAUUAGCCUGCUCAUUCCGCUGCUUCCUCACGAGGAUCCUGAAAUUUUUGAAGUUUCGUCUAAGUGUCUGUCUAUACUGGUUCAACUCUACGGAGGAGAGAACCCAGACAGCCUGUCUCCGGAAAAUGCAGAGAACUUUGCUGAUUCACUGACAUCCAAGGAGGACCCGAAGGAGCAGAAGCUUCUGCUAAGGAUUCUCAGGAGAAUGAUCACCUCCAAUGAAAAGCACCUUGAGAACCUCAAGAAUGCAGACAGCCUCCUGCGGACUCUGGAGUGGCUGGCCCCGGCUGGUGGUUCGUCUGCCGAUAGUGCAGUGGCUUCCUUGGCCCUGGAAAUCCUCCAAGCUGUUGGACACUAGGCGAGAAGGCACUGAACAGCACAGCCACCUCCAGCUGUUUCCGGACCUAAUAAAGUCAGCUUGAACCCAGAACAUUCCGGCUGAUGUGCUCCCUCUGGACCCUAGAAAACCGACUCAGACUAGAGCUCCUUGUUUCCUGUGGACACAUCAGGGCUCCCCAGGUUGGCUAGCUGUUCUCAGAAUGUUCUUUCCCUGUGUGUGUGGGCCGGGGGAACCACCUCUAAGCCUGCGCUGCCUGAGCUAGACCAGUGCCUGCGGCUGUGAGCGGCUCCCCUCCCGAGGUUAAAAGCAGGACUAGGCCUGAGUGCGUUCCCAGCGCAGCCCCACAGCAAGCCUCAGGAUGCGAGUUUUAGCCUCUUGUCGUCCUCCUUGUGCCUGCCUGGCUUCUUCCUUUCAGGGACAACUGAUGCCCAGAACCCUGGGGAGGACUGGGCACAGCUCCACUGACAGGCGCAGGUAGUUCCAAGUUUUCUCAAGGAGCGCGGGCUUCCUUGGAGGUCACCUGGUUCUAGAUGGGUUGAUGGCAUCAAGGUAGAACCAUCCCCCGCAGCUUCUAGCAGUUACCCCCUUAUCCUUGAAACCUUUACAGCAUCCUCCUGUUUCCUCACACAUCUGCUGUGAAAGGGCUGAGCCCAUGAAAAUAUUUGGUGGACUCUGUGGAGAGGUGCAGGACUGUGGUGCUGAGGAAGGCAUACUCUUGAAUCUAGGCUAGAAGGCAGGGUGGGUCCUGGGCAGCUCGAGCCAGGUGAGCAAGCCAAGGCUCUUGGUCUAAGGGGUGUCAGUUUCCCGAUCUGCUGCCCCCGCUGCCAGCUCGGUGCCCUGUGCUUCUGUUAGAGGAUUGGCCCCCCUGAUAAACUCUGCCCCAAACCUGGAUGGGGCCCUGUCCUAGGCAGCAGCGGCCGUGCACACAGAACGGGUGGCACAGGCAAAAGUGUGGCCAUGUGGGCUCCCCUGUCCAUGGCAUCCCAGAAAGCUGUCUUCCUGUCACCAACAGCCCCACUUUGCAAGCGAUCUGGGUAGCUUGACAACUUCCAUUUGGUUUUAUAAUGAAAAUAAGCAGUUUCGUACCUAACUCUGUGAAAGGCAUGUGUGUCAGUUACCUAAUUUAAUCCCCACUACCAGCAAAGCAGGAUUUAGCUUCGUUUCAGAGAUGAGAAAACAGGCUCUGGAGCCAGUCCACUCGCGCGCUGCUCGGACUUGACUCCGUAGCCCUGGUGUCCCCCAGGGGGCAUCCAGAGCUCACGCUGUAGAUAGUUGGGGUACAAGAGGGUGUCCCACCCAGGAGCAGGGUUUCAUUUGCUGUCUUGUGGCCUCACAGCCCACACGGAGGAGGCCCCACUGGGCCGUCCUGUGGGCAGUGUGCCUGUCGCCAUGCUGUGCGCCCACGUGGCCCUGGCCUGGCAGGGUUUGCCUGUGCUCCUGGGCCGGGGGUCGGGUGGUGCGUUAGCCGACGGAGUUCCCGGAGGCCUGGCCUUCAGCUCGUUGCUUUGCCUGCUGGGUCCAGGAAACAGGCACAGGUCUCCAUUUUCCGGGAACUCUGUUCUCCCCCUGUAAGUUGGUUCUUGGGGGACCACCCUAGAGUUCUGGGCCUAGUGUCCUCCCAGAAGUAUUUCAGAGCAACGAAAGAUUCAUUUCCCUUUUUCCGCUCAGCAGGGAGAAGUCUUUGCUGUUUAAGGUAAAAUAGGAAGGUUUAACAUUCCAGAACUUUUGUUGACCAUUGCUGGCCCUGAGCUCCACAGCACUGCCUGUUUGAGGAAAGGCAUAUCCAGGCAAGGCGCAGAGAUGAAGGUCCCAAGCAGCGCUGCUGCCCAGCCCAGGGGGCCCAGGAACUCAAGCUAGCCCAUGCCAAGCCGCGUACCCUGGUGUCGUCCUGGAGUUAGGGGAUCCUUUUUGUCAUUCUCAGCCCAUCCCAAUGAGCGAGGCAGGGGACACGAGCAGGCUGGCUAUGCGGGCAGAGGGAGGCUGAGGGCAGUACCCUGUCCCUGCUCUCCCCAUGCCCUCAUAGGUGGGUUCCCAGGCUGGCUCCAGUUGUGAGGGAACAGCUGGCCCCUGGCCGCCGUCACAGCUCUCAGGAUUCAGGCAGUGGCAAAGGGCCCAGACCCAGGCACCGCUGGCCCACCGCCUCCACGCUUCAGCCGUUGGCCCUGGCUGAGUCUCCCAGGUGCCAAUGGUGUCACUGAAGUCGCAGAGGUAGGUGGCCACGGAGGCAAGAGCACGAGGGACGGAGGCAAGAGCACGAGGGACGGGGCCAGGGGAGUGGCCGCACAGGCGACCUCUACUUGCAGCAGGCCUGAAGCUUCGCGACCUUGCCUGAAUAGGUGCCCAGUGAACUGUCCCUGUGACUGGCUACAGGUGUCCUGAGAGGAUCACCCAGAACAGCUCAGGAGUAGGUCUGCUGGAUGCCGCAAGCUUUACUGGCUCUCGUUUCCUGUAUCACCAGGUUUUCUGCAUUACCUGAUGGGGUUCAGGCCAGAUGGGACCCUGUAGUAUGGCUCAGAAAGUGGGGCUCUGGUGGCCCAGGCCCUUGACCAUGGUGAGUGACAGGAGAGGAACUGGGUGUCGCCCACCUCCACUUGACACCCCUUCUUUCUCCCUCCCCUAGCAACGGAAAGAUAGGACGAGAGCUGCAUCUCUGGUGUGUGGAUGUAUGCAGGGGCUGAGGUAGGAGAAAGGGGCCUGGCCCCUUGGGACUUGUCUGCAGUGGCAUGGGAACAAGACUAGCCAACAGCCCAAGCUUCAGUGUGGCCGAGAGGAGGGAAGUGUGGGAGGUGUGGAGUCCUGCCGUGGAGGCCAGUCACCUCCCUCCAGCUUACUGGAGCCUCAUGGGGCGGGGAGGUGCAGUGGACACACACGGCGUAAGGAAAGGCACUACCUUUCAGCCCCACCCUCACCCCCUCCAUCAGUCUGUAACUGCCUCUGGCGGGUGACUCAUUCAAGGCGAGGAAAGGUAGUUAAGAGUCUCACCUACCAGAACAAAACUGCAGUCAUCCGCUUGGCGCUCUGCUUAUUAAACCAAACAGCACAGUUCAGAUCUUGUUUGUAUUACAAUAAUCGAAAUCAGAAUUAGAGCUUAUUUAUCGCAAGGAUUCAAAUAAUCAGAUCAAACCUCAUGUCUAUAAUGUCACCAUGAAAAAACUUGGUUCUUCAGCUCAGUGGUGGUCACUGCAAUGGCAUCAAUGUCUUAUGCACCUGGCCCCAGGGGACCCCUAUUCUGAUGUGGGAGUCAUCUGACCGCUGCCUUGCUUUAGUUCUACCAUCCAUGGAUGAUUUCCUUAAAAUGGUUUGCCCUUUUGUGUGGAUGGGUGAGGUCCCCAGUACGCACUAGCGACUUGCUUUUGCUCAGUGUUAGGUCUGAGAUGUCCACCCACGGCACUGAGUGCACACAUCGGCUCCUGUGCGGGCUGUCACACGGUGCCCUACCACGCCAUCCAUGCUGGACCUUGAGGUGAAAGAAAAAUCACUACUCCUGAUCCUGUUUUUAUUUAAAAUCUUGGUCUUUUGCUGGUCAUGGAUUUUCUUCUGCAUUGAUUUCAUCCAAAUGGCUACCCGUCGUUCCACGCCUGUAUUACUAAGAAGCCCCUGCUUCCGCUGACUCCCAGUGCUCCCUGUCAAGUCGCGCCUCGGUCUGCAUCUCGUCCCGUCCUGCCCCCGUCAGGAAGUGCUAACACCUCUAGCUUUCAUCAGGCCUCAACAGCUGGGAGAGCCAGUCCGCCUCUUGUUUGCACACAGGUCUUGGCUCUUCCUGGCCCUUUGUACUUCUAAGCGAAAGGCAGAACCACCCUGCUGAAGCAGAUUAACGUCCCUAUUAAGUUUUUAAUGGAACUUCAAAGAUAAUAAUGAUUUUAGGGAAAGCUCUGAAAAUGUUCUGGUUUUUAAAAGUUCUUUAAAUGGAACACCCUGCUGGGGCUCUUCAUGGUAAGCUUCUUGCCGUGCUGGCUUGGUCCUGCUUGUCACGCACUGGAAACAAAGCCCCUGACCUGACCUCACCAGGUACACAGAUGCUUCCUCUCCACCCGAGUUGCGUUUUAGACCACAGGGAACUGGAGGCUUUCACUGCACGUCUUCCCCAGAUGAAGCUGAUCUUCAACAAAAUGGAAGUGAUACACACAGGGUGCCAAAAAAAUGCACACACAUUUUAAGAAAGGAAAAAACUGUAUUAAAAUUGUACUAAAUACACACCAAUAACAAAAGAUGAAUGUAAGUCAUGUGUAUACAUUUUUUUGGGACCCCCGCUAUAUUUAUCUAAUAGUCACGAUCUUAAUAGAAACACAGUAAAUCAGAAACAGCCCUCCCUAAGCACAAAACACUGACUCUUUUUAAAGUCCAAAUACAAGUCUUAACAGGUCUGCUGACUCUGCCCUGAGGGAUGAACUAAGCGUGUCAGACCUACCACCAGGAUGGCAGGAUCGCCAGCAGAUAGCAUGGAAGGAGGCCCAUUCUGGUUCUCUGAUUAUGUUCAGAUAAACAUAGACACUCAAACCAUCUUAAUUAUCAGUUCAAAGUGGAGUUGAAGGAAUUCCCCUCUCCAAGUGAGUCACACUUAGGUGAAGGUGCUUGAAGUCGAAAUGCAGGUAGUUAACGCUUCAUUAUUACCUUAAUGGACUGAAACCCUCUUACACAUUUGGGGUGGGGGUGCCUAUUUGGCUUGCAGUUUUGCUCUAUGUGGCCCAGAGACUAGAUACCUUCUAAGUGAGGAGACCUUUGGCCACUUGGCCAUAGGUUCUAAGCCCAGAGUCCAUCCGUGGGAGAUGGUAGAAUCUCUCCUCUUACACAAGCUCAGAACCACUCACAAGGUUCAAAGCCGAAACAAUGUUCGGUGCUACUUAACCCAGGGCCAAGUGCUAAUAAAGAAAUAAUAAAGAAACCUGGCUAGCAUCCCAUCUAGAGGUAAGGCUCUAUCAUUUACAACUUAAAUUUUAGUUCCCUGUGUGUUUUCCUCAGGAGAAAGCUCAGUUAAAUAAACGUAUUACCCUCACAAACCAUUUAAUAACAAGGAAAAAAAGGUGACACAAUCGAAUGAAUUAAAAGUUUAAUUCUGAACCAUUUUUAUAACCGCAUUUUCUCUUGAAGCAUCGUAUCACAGCAGGUUACAACAACUUUGGGAUAAAAGGCAACUGGUAAACUGUCCAAAACAAGGUUCCAAAUAACACCUCUGACUGAUUUACCCUACCCAUACAUAUCCCAAAUAAAGUUUUUGAUCAAAAACAUGAAAUAGAUCCACCUGCUUAUUUUAAGCAUAUUAAAAAGGAAACUAAUUGGACCAUUUCUAUUUGUCUAUUUUAUACAAAAAGGCUACACAAUGUUACACUUUAUUCAGAUUACAAUUAGAGUGAUUAUGAAUUAGUGUUCUACACCAUUACUCAAUUCUUAAAAAUUAGAAAUUGCUGUAGCAGUAUUCACUAUAACUUAACACUACAAGACUUAAAAAACUAACAGUUACUGCAAAAAAAAUUAAA